AUGAUUCUCGCAUCUGGUAUACCCAAGCUCCUGGUUGUGAUAGGGCUUUCCGUGUUUACAGCAUUGCUGGUGCAUUUUCUGACUCGGGCAAUUUCGAUCCGACAGAGGUUCUACAAGAUGAAAGCCAGAGGGAUUCCCAUCAUGGAGCCGUAUUCACCACUCCUUGGCCAUCUUCCCUUGUUGAAGACCUUAGGGAAAGGGCUACCACGCGACGCUCAUGGAUCAUAUACGUCAAUGAAGAUAUUACAGAACUGGCAGAAAUACUUUCCUACCGCGAAGAAGUGCCCGCCCCUAGUAUAUCUAGACGCGUGGCCCUUUAUGGCUCAGCCCAUCAUUAUGGUUAUCGCGCCUGAGCUCUGCUCGCAGCUCACCCAAGAAACACCUCAGCCGAGGCAUUCGAUGUUCGGAUGGGCACUUACUCCAGUGACGGAUGGCAUCGACUUGAUAUCAAUGAAUAUGGCGGAUCAUAAGGUAUGGCGUUCCAGACUGAACCCUGGAUUUUCAUCUAGGAACGUCAUUCAGAAUAUGCCCGCCAUCCUGGAGGAGGUUUCCAUAUUUGCCCAAAAAUUGAAAGACACCACAGACACGGACGGCUACGAGUGGGGUAACAUGUUUACACUUUACGACGCAGCUGUUGCACUGACUUUUGACGUUAUCUCAAGAUUUACACUUGAUAUUCACCUGAAUGAGCAAACGAGUGGGCCUGGACCACUGCUCAAAUCUAUGAGAAAUUUGAUUGCUCUUGUCAAGUUGAAGAACAUCAAGAACAGGCUGGAACGACUUACUCCCGGGUUCAAGCGUGUGGUAUCACAAAAUGCUGCAACCAUAAGGAAUAUUCUGUUGCCUCAGAUAGAGCUACGAUUCAGCGAGGCUCUCGACUCGAAGAAUCAGAAAACGGUGAUUGAUCUAGCUAUCAAACAGCUAAAAGAAAGCGGAGAGCAGCCUACACCCGAGUUGAUGAAUAUCAUCGUCGCUAACCUGAAAGCGUUCUUAUUUGCUGGCCAUGACACCACAGCUCAGACCAUUUGUUGGGUUUUCUACGAGAUUAAUAAAUACCCUGACAUCCUGCAAAUACUGCGCACCGAGCACGACCAAGUGCUAGGCCCCGACCCAAAAUCAGCAAAAAGGGUCCUGCAAGAAAGCCCUCAUAAGCUGAAUGAACUGAACUACACAGCAGCUGUCAUCAAGGAAACACUACGGAUGCACUCUUUGGCCAAUACCCUCCGCCAAGGCAGCCCCAACUUCAACUUCUCGCUGGACGGCAUGCAGUAUCCAACCGAUGACUGUUUCAUACAGACGGUCCCGACCUUGACUCACAUCCAUCCUGACCUGUGGCCUCGCCCGGCAGAGUUCAUACCCGAUCGCUUCUUGGUUCCAGAGGGCCACCCUCUGUAUCCCGUUAAGAAUGCCUGGCGCCCAUUUGAACUGGGAAACACCAAAUGCAUCGGUCAGGAACUGGCCUUGUCGGAGCUGAAGCUGGCGUUGGUGUUUACGGUACGGGAGCUGGACUUUGACUUUAAUUACGAGCUGUGGGAUAGGGUGCAGGGCAGGAAGACAGCAGAGACGGUCAAUGGCGAGCGCGCGUACAGAUGCGGUUCCGGCAUCGGCGAGGUCAAGGACGACAUGCCGGUAAGAGUAAGAUUGAAACAUCUCGAUUAA